AUGACGGCCAUCAAGCACGCCCUCCAGAGGGACAUCUUCACGCCCAACGACGAGCGUUUGCUGGGCAUUGUGAAUGUCUGCAAGGCGGGAAAGAAGAAGAAGAACUGCUUUUUGUGUGCAACAGUCACCACCGAGCGGCCCGUGCAGGUCAAAGUGGUCAAGGUGAAGAAAUCUGACAAAGGAGACUUUUAUAAACGACAGCUGACGUGGGAGCUCCGCGAUUUGACUGAAGUGGACGCCAAAGAUGCCAGCAAGGAAAACCCAGAGUUUGACCUCCAUUUUGAGAAGGUCUACCGCUGGGUAGCAAGCAGCACUGCUGAAAAGAACUCGUUCAUAUCAUGCAUUUGGAAGUUGAAUCAGCGCUACUUGAGGAAGAAGGUGGAGUUUGUCAAUGUCAGUUCUCAGCUGCUGGAAGAGUCUGUGCCCAGUGGCGAGAGUCAGAGCGUUGCUGGAGGUGAUGAGGACGCUCUGGACGACUACCAGGAGCUCAGCACCCGUGAGGAACAGGACAUCGAAGGCAUGAUGGAGGUGUGCGAGUAUGCAAUCUCCGAUGCUGAGGCCUUUGCAGAGCAGCUCUCCAGGGAGCUCCAGGUUCUAGAUGGGGCCAACAUCCAAUCCAUCAUGGCGUCGGAAAAGCAGGUCAACAUCCUGAUGCAGCUUUUAGACGAAGCGCUAGGCGAGGUGGACACCAUUGAAGGCAAGCUGAGUAGCUAUGAAGAGAUGCUCCAGAGCGUCAAGGACCAAAUGGAUCAGAUCUCGCAGAGCAACCGCCUCAUCCAGAUUAGCAACACCAACAAUGGCAAGCUGCUGGAUGAGAUCCAGUUCCUAGUGCACAACAUGGACCUCUCCAGGGGCCACAUAAGAGCCCUACAAGAUGGAGACCUGACUUCACCGAAAGGCAUCGAGGCUUGCAUUAACGCUGCUGAAGCUCUUUUGCAGUGCAUGAACAUAGCCCUCCUGCCAGGCCACGACAAGCUGAUGGCUGUCAAACAGCAGCAGCACCUAUUCACUGAACUAAGGGACACGUUCGCACGCCGCCUCACCAAUCAUCUCAACAACGUAUUUGUGUACCAGGGCCACGACCAAAGUUCCACUCUGUCCCAGCACACUGUGGAGCUGACGUUGCCCAAGCACAGCCCCCUCCACCGAGAUCUACUGCGUUACGCCAAGCUCAUGGAGUGGCUAAAGAUAACUCACCGCGAGAAGUACGAGGGCCUAUCGAGGACCUACGUGGACUACAUGAGCCGACUGUAUGAACGAGAAAUCAAAGACUUUUUUGAAAUUGCAAAGAUAAAAAUGGCGGGAACAAGCAAGGAGGCGAAGGCCAAGUUUGCUACGCUUCCACGGAAAGAGAGCGCGCUCAAACAGGAAACGGAAAGCCUUCACGGCAGCUCAGGAAAGCUGACUGGCUCCACAUCCAGCCUAAACAAACUGAGCGUGCAGGGCUCCAACAGCCGCCGCUCGCAGUCGUCCUCUCUGCUAGAUAUGGGCAACAUGUCUGCCUCCGACCUGGACGUGGCCGACCGUACCAAGUUUGACAAGAUAUUCGAGCAAGUCCUCAGUGAAUUGGAGCCUCUGUGCCUUGCGGAACAAGACUUCAUCAGCAAGUUCUUCAAGCUCCAGCAGCACCUGACUGUCAUGCCUCCUCUUGCGCAGCCGGAAGCGGAGGAGUCAGAUGGCAGCGUGCCGUCAAGAAUGCCUCCCCAGGCGGAACACAGACACUCCUUGUCGUCAGAUUCCUCUUCAAGUAAAGACAUGGUGCGGCUGAUGAUGAACAAAGUGUUCCAGAGCAUCGAGACUGAGCUCAACAGCCUCAUCGCACUGGGUGACAAGAUUGACAGCUUCCACUCGUUGUACAUGCUGGUGAAGAUGAGCCACCACGUGUGGACGGCUGAGAAUGUAGACCCAGCCUCUUUCCUCAGCACAACACUGGGAAACGUCCUGGUCACGGUCAAGAGGAACUUUGACAAAUGCAUUUCCGGCCAGAUCAGACAAAUGGAGGAAGUGAAAAUUUCCAAGAAGAGCAAAGUUGGCAUCCUCCCGUUCGUCACUGGUUUUGAAGAAUUUGCCGAGCUGGCUGAGACCAUCUUCCGAAAUGCUGAACGUCGCGGCGACCUUGAUAAAGCUUACGUCAAACUCAUCAAGGCUGUCUUCAUGAACGUGGAGAAAGUAGCCAGCGAGAGCCAGAAGACACCGCGGGACGUGGUGAUGAUGGAGAAUUUCCACCACAUCUUCUCCACGCUUUCCCGACUCAAGAUCUCCUGCCUGGACGCAGAGAGAAGGGAGGCCAAGCACAAAUACACAGACCACCUGCAGUCCUAUGUCAUCAACUCUCUGGGCCAGCCUCUGGAAAAACUCAAUCAUUUCUUCGAGGGUGUGGAAGCCCGUGUGGCCCAGGGGGUCCGUGAGGAGGAGGUGAGCUAUCAGCUAGCUUUCAACAAGCAGGAGCUCCGCAAGGUAAUUAAAGAGUAUCCUGGAAAAGAGGUGAAGAAAGGACUGGACAACCUUUAUAAGAAAGUGGACAAGCACUUGUGUGAAGAGGAAAGUCUGCUACAGGUGGUAUGGCACUCCACGCAAGACGAGUUUAUCCGGCAAUACAAGCACUUUGAGGGACUGAUUGGCAGAUGUUACCCCGGCUCUGGAAUCACAAUGGAAUUUACUAUUCAGGAUAUGUUGGAGUAUUUCUCCAGCAUCGCGCAGUCCCAUUAG